GGUCGCGCCAAAACAAACAAAAUGUAGUGAUUCCUUCGACAGACAAUUGGCAUUUGGAACAUCGCAUGCGGAGUCCCUAGCCGCUGUGAUACUUGACCCUUAUCAGCUUGGAUUGGAGGAUUUCCUGCUCGCCGCGCAAUGAAUGAUUUCGUUUCCCGCCUCUAUGACACAUAUGCGAAGGACGCGCCUUAGGUCGCGGAUUUUUCGAUGCCUCCGAAUCCCCGUCAGCGUAGAGCUCUGUCCUAUGAAACCCCGUCUCUCUCGGACGAAGAUGUCGGCCUACUCUAUCAGAUCAUCACCCGCGCCGAGGGCAAGCCCGAAGCCCAUCAAACGCCAUUCCGGGCCUUAUUCACGGCGUACGACGAGAUCAUUGACGAACAUGCAGUGGACGCUGACCCAGGCCAUGUCUGCCUACACUUCCUGUUCAAGAUGGGGAGCAAAGGCAUCAAAGGGGAUACAUUGUUCGACAAGUUCGAGAAUUUGUUGCAGCACAUGGGGAUAGUGAUAGAAUUGGGCGACGAAACCGAGACGAAUGAAUACUACAACCAAAGUUCUGUUUAUGGUGGUCACAGCGGGACUGUGACUGUGGAUUAUAACAAUGGGUAUUAUCCUCAAAGGGAUGAGGACACGGCGCAGCCGGCGCGACGGAGACGAGCUUCGUUUAACUCGAUGUAUGAUGUUGGCGAUGAUCCUACGCAGAGGAGUAUCGCGAAUCGCCCUAGCUCGCGCUCGUCAUUGUCGCGACUGGAGGUUGGGAAGCCAGUGUUCCUGGAAUCCACGCCCAGACCGUCGCCGAAACGUCCUGCCGCGGACAUCAGACAGCACGACUCGCCGAACCGUACUCAAUUGAUUGCACAAUUUCUGGAUGUUGGUCGUCGGUUGAUAAGUCGAUUCGAUUCGUUGAAGCCAGCCAGAGAUAAUGCCGGUGACGAAACUCAAGUCAAUGUCGGUGCGCAGGCCAAAUCUGCCGUGCACAAAGAUCGUUCUGAGAGGCUGUCGCGACGUCAGUCACGGAAGUCGCUGAGCUCCAGCAGUUCGAGUGAGGAUGAUAAUGAUGAUGAUGACCGUGGUGACGACGAAUCAAUUUCCUUCCAUGGCGACGAAAGCGGACCGAUUGAAAAGCCGGAUGUCCCUCCUGAGAUGCUGUAUCGACCCUCCCUUUCGGAUCUGCUGCGGGAUGCUUCGACUUUCAAUAUGUAUCGCGAGCGCGGAAUAAAACGUCGCCUUCUGACACAAUGGCUGAAGAAGGCCAUCCAAAAACGGCAAGGUAGUGCCAAUAUGGAGAUUGUCGCUGUCAACCGUGACAGGUCUACACUGCUCCGCCAGGCUUUUGAACAAUGGCGCGGUAUCAUCCAGGAUAAGCGACAAGCGGUUCGCACGGAGCGAUUCUACGAGCACCUUGAGCAGCGCGCUGGGCGUGCGCGUGACUUGUUUCUGGUCACUAAGGCCUUUACCCAUUGGGCGCAAGUGACUUCUGAGGAAGUCGCCCGAACCUCUGCUGCGCGCAGGCGCAUCCUUAGUAUCAAGUAUUUCAAAGCUUGGAGGGAAAUCACUGCCGUCAACGAACUAAAGGCCCAGCGGUUUGCAAUGCGCAAACCAUUCAGCACGUGGCGGAAACGGAUCCAGCAAAUCAAGGAGAAUGAGACGACUGCCGCAGCUAGCCAUGACAGAGACCUAAAGAAUGGGGUCUACUGGCAAUGGUUCUGGGGCUUCUGCGACCGACGCGCACCACAAUGGUACGAAUACCGCCUCAAGAGACGUUCCUUGUUAUGCUGGUUGCGAAGUUUCCGUACGAACAGGGAACGGAACCACGAGAUCGAAAUCCGAAACCGACGGUUAGCCAUUGGAUCAGCAUGGCAGACAUUAACUCAAAGGUCCAAGACUGUUGCUGGCGCAGAGCAGGAAGCCGUAUCCAUGCAGCGGCACAAGCUUCUGACGGAAACGUUUGGCGAAUGGAAGAUACAAACUUGCCUCGCUCCGGCUGCUUACCGUGUCUCUCAUAUGGUCGACAAGCGGGUUCUUCGAUCGGCAUUUACACAAUGGGUGCAGCGUGCUCAAAUGGGCAAGCAGGCGAGAGAAAUGGAUAGGCAAAGGAUCAUGCGAAACUCAUGGACAGAAUGGAACGACCAACUCCGCUGCCAGGCUCUCAGUGCACGGAUAGACGAACGCUUAAAGAUGGAAACGAUGUACAAGUGGAUCCUGGCAGAACGGUUCAGCCUCAUGCAGCGAAUUCGAGACCAGCGGAUCAAACGCGACACAUUCUCGACAUUUGUUGCCAGUAUUCGCGGGACGUAUUCUCGGCUCCUGCACCAUGCAGAUAUACAUGAAGACUACCGCAGCGAAGAACUUCUUCGGUCGAAAUUCAGUAUUUGGCGCGAUCGGCUUGCACUCCAGCGACAACGGGAAUAUGCUGCGUUCGAAUUCUAUGCCCCACGACUACAGCAAGAAUCAGUCGUGGCAUGGCGAUCUAAACAGCAAAAUGUUGCGAGGCUGGAGGCACGAUCAAAAGACGCUCGUUUCUAUUUCUUAGCGACCAAGACAAUCAAACAGUGGCAUACUGCCACGAUACAGUCGGCCAAACGACGACGACAAGAGUCGUAUGCCUGGUUCCGAAGAAAGGUAAAGAUGAAAAUAGCUACACGUGCUUUGGACAACUGGCAGUCGUGGGCUGGACACAUUGCUGUUCUAGAGCGGCAAGCAUUCGAGUUCCAUAGAAAUAAAUCCUUGAGUAUCGCAUCCGGGCUGUUCGGUCUAUGGCAUGACCAGGCUUCGAAGCGUGUUCAAGAUUGUCAUGAAGCCGAAAUGCACUAUGCCCGACAAGCUGCGUAUGGUCAGCUGAUGCGCUGGACUGAGCUUUAUCUCAAGAAUCGCGAUUUGGAACUACAGGCCACUGACAUGUACCGGGUGCACAUUCUUGGUCAGGCCAACGCUUCGCUCCGCAAGCUAAGCCUGCGCAUAUUCCAAAUCAACAGCUCGUCCGAAACAGCUGAUUCACUGCGCGAGCGAAAUACUAGAAAGCAUGGGAGAGGCAUGUUCCGCCACUGGAUCGACAAAACACGCACCAAGCUCGAGGAACGAGAUUCUUUCGCCCCUCUCGUGACACCCGCAAAACCCGGUCGAAGCUUCGACGGCACAACAGGCCGAUCCGGUCGCUCGCUUUUCGACCCUUGGUAUUCUGUCGAAACACCGUUUAGGUUGAGCGAGUUUGCCACGCAGUCCCAGGGUCCUGAUCUCGGUCCCGGUCCCUCUGCCAGUCCAUUAGCAACGCCCAACUACAUGGCUUCGCCAUCCAAACGUGCUGCGCGGGCACGAGUUCUGGCGCAAACGUCGACUACUCCCGCGACACCAUUGUACACGCCGUUCGCUGGUCGCGUGCUUCGGGCUGAGGGUAUGGCUGCGAAGAGUGCUUCGAAUAGACGACGAAAUGGUCGGGGGAGCGCACUAGGUACGAGUGUGAGGUUUGUUGAUGAGGAACCUACGUCGCCCUCGGAGGGGAAGAGGUCUGGGAACCGGCGGACUACGUCUUAACGGCUUCAUUUUGUCUCUUGUGGAUUUGAUUAUCUACGGUAUUGUUGUAUAUGACUUCUCUUUCUAAUGGGCCUGCAUUCUGGAAUCUGGAUUUGUUGAUACCCUUUGUAUCGUUAUCAUUGGCAUUGGAUGGUGUAUAGCCGGCAUCGUUUUCGUUAUGUUUAAAUGGAUAUGUACUUGUUCUUUUGGAUAUACAUAGGGAGGAACAUUGGGAGCAUUGAGCGGCGUUAAUGACGCUGGGGAUAGACAUUAAAUAUGAAAGAUUUGACCGC